AUGGUAUUUACCGAUGUCAAAUCUCAACCUAAUAACAUAUACAAUGUUCCAUUAUCGAAAGCGAACGAAGCAGUCAUCCUAAACGUAGAACCGCAAAGAGUUGCUAGAGUCACAACCACCAAACUAUGCAUCAAGUUCCUGAUAUUCCUGUUCUCAAUAGCGGCCUUCUAUUUAUUGAUCAAAGCUGUGAUGAUGUACACCAGCGCGCAAUACGCAGGUUACAUCGAGGUUUUCUACGAGAAUGCAACCCCUGAAAACCAGAUGCCCAGAUACAUACGAGAAAAACUCAGCAUACACGACAACGUGGAGAAGAUCAGCGUUUACGAUAAGGUCUCCGGUUUCACGUAUCGAUUUGUGCACGAUUUCAACGUCGACUUGACCGGCAUCAUCAUGGGAAACAACUGCCUGAUCAUGCCCCUGGAUAGGACUCACAUAAUGCACCCGAAAUGUUUCGUCAACAGCAUUUACAGAACCUGGAUGGGACGGUUCUACGUCAACACAGACAUCAUGCAUCAAUACAUGAAAGUCAAGAUACCACACCCAAACAACGACACCAACUUGAUUGGACAGAAGUACAUCCACGAAAGAUGCCGAAACACUUUUAAAUUAGCGAAAAAUACCGAUCUAAAUGGUGGACAUCUGUAUUUUGGGGUGAAGGUUUUCGAGUUCGCUGGAAAGGGUUUAGUCCAAACUCAUAUUAUUAACUAUGAGGAUGUUUUGAAGUAUUCUUCCAAAAGGAACAACUAA